AUGUCUUCCGACGACAAGGCGGCCGAGCCGCAGGAGGCCGAGCGUAUUCGCUGGGACGACGAGGAGCAGGGUCGUCGUCGUCGAUCCAGGACCUCGCUGAGCCGUGUCAACUCGAGUGACUCUCUUGCCAUUCGUGCCGUGCAGUCGCGAGGCGCCGUCGAUCCUGCCUUGACCCUUCCGAUUCAGUAUCGCACCGUCUCCUUCCAGAUCGAAGAGUCCAAGGGCAAGGACCGCGUCGAGGCCGUUCGUGCUGCCGACACGGCUGCCAAAGGCACGCAUCGCUCCCACCUUGGUGACCUCGAAUGGCAUACCAUCUCCCCCUCGGCUGUUGCUGAGCGGCUCGUGACCUCGUCGACCGAUGGCCUCUCGGUGGAGCAGGUCCAGCGUCGACAGCGGGAAUAUGGCAAGAACGCGCCUUCGCCGCCCAAGACGAAUCGGACCCUCACCACCAUCGGCUACUUUUUCAAAGGCUUCGGUGGCAUCCUCCUCGUCGGCAGCAUCUUGGUCUUCAUCUCGUGGAAGCCACUAGGCGAACCAAAUCCUGCCAUGGCCAACUUGGCCCUGGCCAUCGUCCUGCUUGCCGUCUUCUUCAUCCAGGCCGCCUUCAACAUGUUUCAAGACUGGUCGACGUCGCGGGUCAUGUCGUCGAUCAAGGACAUGCUUCCCGAGCACUGCCAGGUCACGCGGGACGGCCAUCUGGUCGACGUGCCCGCCGAGGAGCUCGUUCCGGGAGACGUCGUCUCCGUCAAGGCCGGCAACAAGCUCCCGGCCGACAUGCGCUUCGUCCACAUCUCCUCGGAUGCCAAGUUUGAUCGCUCCGUCCUCACCGGCGAAUCCCGUCCCGUCGCGGCAACCGUCCACCACACGGAUGUGAACUACUUGGAAACGCACAACAUCGGCCUGCAGGGAACCCACUGCAUCAUCGGUUCCGGCACGGGCAUCGUCGUCGCCACCGGGGACAAGACCGUCUUUGGCCGCAUCGCCAAGCUGACCAACGAGCCCAAGACGACCAUGACGACGCUCGAGCGGGAGGUCUUGUACUUUGUCUUGUUCAUCUGCGCCAUCAUGCUCACCAUGAUCACCGUGGUCCUCGUCGUAUGGGGCGCCUGGCUGCGGCGGGAGCACCCGGACUUCAUCUCCGUCUCGGCCCUCAUCGUCAGCUGCGUCAGCGUCGCCGUGGCCUUCAUCCCGGAAGGCCUUCCCAUUGCCAUCACGGCCGGUCUCACCAUCACGGCCAACAUGAUGAAGAAGAAUGCCAUUCUUUGCAAGUCGUUGAAAACCGUCGAGACUCUUGGCUCCGUCUCCGUCAUCUGCUCCGACAAGACGGGUACCUUGACGCAGGCGAGUUCGACCCGGGACCGAGUCGGAAACACGACGGUCGAAUCCCUCGGAAGAGAGAUUGCCUCCAAGAGGGAAGAGGGCGGGGACAAACGGCUCGGCACCUUUGGCCAGCUGGGAGCCUUGGCCGCGCUGUGCAACGCCGCCGAACUGGACGCGGCCCAGUCGGACGUUCCCAUCGCGAAUCGAAACAUCUUUGGCGAUGCCACCGACACGGCCAUCCUCCGAUUCUCCGAGUCCCUCGCCGACGGGAACAUUGGUUACUUUCGAGGUUGCUGGCGCCGCGUCUUCGAGCUUGCCUUCAACAGCAAGAACAAGUUCAUGAUCCGCUGCUUCAACGUCACCCGCCGCGCCGUCCUCAAGCAUACCCUUCAAGAGGCCGAGGCGGAGCGCUUCGGAGAUGGUGACCUCCUCCUGACCAUCAAGGGCGCCCCCGAUGUCCUCAUCAAUCGCUGCGCGCAGUACCUGCUGCCUUCGGGCGAGAUGGCGGCCGUCGACGAGAAUGUGCUGGCGACGCUCGAGCACGUCAAGAACAUGUACUCCUCCGAGGGAAAACGCUGCCUGCUGCUCGCGCGAAAGAUCGUGCCGGGCCACCUGGUCACGGCCGCCGCGGAUACGCCCGAGUGCGAGAGCGAAAUGCUCGAGCUUGCCAAGUCCGGCCUCACCCUCGUCGGCAUGGUCGCCAUCGUCGACCCGCUGCGGCCGGAAAUUCGCGACGUCGUCUCCACUCUCCGCGGCGCCGGCAUUCGAAUCGCCAUGGCACGUCGAGAACCCCCCCUCCUCGCGCGGCGAAAUCUGCUAACCUCGUGCCAGGUCACGGGCGACUUUGCCCUCACCGCCCUCGCCAUCUCGCGCGAGGCGGGCAUCGUCACCUCCCUCCAGGUCGACGGCGUCGACAAGCUCGAGCGAUUCCCCGACGGCGGGAGCUCUGGAUCCGAGGACCUCGACGACGUCAAGGGCGCCUGGGCCGGCUCGCGCGGCGCCAUCGUCAUUAGCGGGCCCGAGCUGACGUCGCUCAACGAGCACCAGUGGAAGGUCCUGACCGAGUACGAGGAAGUCGUCUUCGCCAGGACGACGCCGGAGCAGAAGCUGAGGAUCGUCCGCGAGUUCCAGAACAAAAACGUCGUGGCCAUGACGGGCGAUGGCGUCAACGAUGCCCCGUCACUCAAGGCCGCCGACGUCGGCAUCUCCAUGGGCAGCGGCUCCGACAUUGCCAUGGAGGCGGCCGACAUGAUUCUCCUCGACUCCUUCUCCUCCGUCGUCAUGGCUGUCCAGUACGGCCGCGUCGUCUUUGACAACUUGAAAAAGGUGAUUGCCUAUCUGCUUCCGGCGGGCACCUUCUCCGAGUUUUGGCCCGUCAUCACCAAUGUCGUCUUCGGUCUUCCUCAGAUCCUGUCGUCCUUCCUCAUGAUUGUCAUCUGCUGCUUUACCGAUUGCGCCGCGGCGACGGUGCUGUCCUUUGAGAAGCCUGAAGCCGACGUCUUGCUGCGGCCGCCGAGAAACGUCAAGAAGGACCGGCUGGUCAACUGGCAACUCCUCCUCCAGGCCUACUUCGUCAUCGGCUUGACGGAAACCCUGUGCGCCUUCGCCAUGUCGUACUGGUACCUGGAGCGAAACGGCAUCGCCUUCUCGGAUCUGUGGUUCAGCUUCGGCAAGAUCCCCGACAACGUGACGCCCGAGUACUACAGCCAGAAGCUCACGGAAGCGUCGUCCAUCUACUUUGUCACCCUCGUCGUCAUGCAGUGGUUCAACCUCAUGGCUACGAGGACGCGACGGCUCAGCAUCUUCCAGCAUCCGCCCCUGUUCAACAAGGAGACGCAGAACCUCUACCUCUUUCCCGCCAUUUUAUUUUCCCUUCUCAUGGCCUUUUUGUGGCUGUACCCGCCGGCGAUCCAGAAAGUCAUCGUGACGUCGGGCGUUCCCGCUGAGUACUGGUUUCUGCCCUUUGCUUUUGGAAUUUAUAUCAUCCUGAUGGACGAGGCGAGGCGGUACUGGGUGAGGAGAUACCCCAAGGGCUGCGUGGCCAAGGCAGCCUGGUAG